CCAAAGAAAGCGUACAGAGAACUCAAAGCAACGCAGCUUUCGUCUGAGAGAAUGCGUGUUGUGAUGUUGUGAGUCAAAUGUACUGCUGUUCUUUUUAGUGGUUUAGUUUUUUUGAGGUGGUAUUGAUCUGAUAUAGAUAAAGAAAAAGCAGAUUCCCCCGCGUGUGUUCUGGAUUAUAGCUUUUUAGUUUUGUUUUUUUCUUUUUAUUCCUUGGUUGUUGAGAAACUACCACACUGUGGAAAGGCAGUUCUUCUGGAAUGAAGAAUUGUUAAAUAUAAGGAUUAUUCGCACUGUUAAUUAAUAAAAAGAAGAAAAUAUACAAUCGACUAUAAAGGGAACGUCUCAUUAAGAUUCACCUCUUCAAGAACGCUGACAAAUAGCCAAUCAGAAUGGUUGUUCUGAGAAACGUCUGGUGAAUGAAUUCAAUAAAAAUAGACAAAAUGGCGAAAACGAAGUGGAAAUAUCUCUUGCUGUUCGUCCUUAUCAACUUGGUGCAAUCUCAAGAUCUAUUAACUGAAACUUGUCCAAACCCUGAGUCGAACUUUGCUCAAAUCGAACCUGAUGCCGAUGUCGUCGUGGGCGCUGUUCUGCAGAUGCAUGAAGCAGGUCAGGGUGUCUUCGGAUGUGGUCAGCCAUCCACUGAAGGUGUCCAGUACUAUGAAUCUUUCAGGUGGGCAAUCAACGCCCUAAAUCAGAAAUCGGGUGAAGUGGCUGGUGUAACAGUAUCAGAUUCUUUUAUACCAGGUGUCAAAAUUGGUUUACAAGUUUAUGAUUCGUGCGGUCAUAAAGAGCUCGCAAUGCGAUAUAUGACAGAAUUAUUUCCCAUCAUGAAAUCAGGUUCUUUAGAAUGCAGUGAUUCCAAAGAUAAUUCCACGUCUAUCAUAGGAAUGGUGGAUAUGAGCUCCAGUCUGACCGAUUCCCGUGUUGCAGAGACUGCUGGUCGAUAUAUCAUUCCGGUGAUUCCUUUGAAGCAAGAGACUGCUGUGCCACCAGAGCAACUGGCAAAGGUCCUUGCCGAAGUCGUGCAUGAUAUGGAUUGGGAACGAGUGGCCAUCCUGCACGCCGACGACGAAUACAGCAUUUUCGUCACCAAAGUGUUCAGCCAGAUAGCGAAGACGGGCUACCCCUGCAUCUCGAGCAUCCGGUCCUUGCCGAUAUCUCGGGACGAGAAAAGGGAGAAGAAUAUUGAUCCGAAAUCUUACCACAGGAUGCUGACUUCUUUCGUCUCCAAGUUAACAGAUAAAACAGGAGUCCUUGUCAUUGGCCAUGACGAAACUUUUAAAACAGUGUUGAAGACUUUCCUGGAAUCGCAAGCCAGUUUCUCCCGACUCCAGUGGCUAUUCUCUUGGAUGCCACCCUUCAGCAAACUUGACUCUUUCGGCAGCGCCCUCAACAAUAAACAGAUAUUUUCCUUGUCCCCAUUCCCAUCUGAAAUAUUUGCUUUCGAAGACUAUUGGCGAAGGCUUGGCGACACGGCUUCCACGUAUGAUGCCAACGAUCGUUUCUUCAUGGAGUACGCCAUGUUCCAGAAGAACUGCAGAAUCGCCAGUUACAGAAGCUCAACUUAUAAUAAUAUUGCCAUGUGUGAAAAUUUGGUCCUCAAAGAAUCACCGACGGACAAGUUGAUGAGAACUGCUAGGUUUUUACCUGCUUUGCACUCCCUCUAUACUUUUGCCCAUGCGUACCGCAAAGCGUGGAGGGACAAAUGCAAGGACGUGCCGGGGAUGUGCUUAAAUCUGAAGCGCAUGACGAGGCGAGAAUUCGUAGAGAUGUAUCUCGAACCCCUGGAAUUCGAGCACAGCCCUCAAGAUCGAAGUCCACAAGGUGUGCACGGACAAAAGACAAGUCUCGGAGCAAGUGGGGAAAUGGAAGGAAUGCAAUUGGCUCUAAAUACAUUCUCGUUUUCGCAGACUGAUGGACUGCAGUUUAAACAGGUCUUAGCAUAUGAUUCUAAAGAAGCUAAAGUAUUGGAUGCCUCUUUCCGCUACAUCCCCUCGGCAUGCCCUAAAGGAGGGUGCAAAGACUGUAUAAGCGUUCGUCAAUCACGAUUUGAAGAUCCUUACAUCGGGAUGCCUUCGAUUACUGAUUAUGUCACCGCUAAUCAGUCAGAUGAUAUUUCAAUUCCAGUUCUUUUACCAAUCCACAAAUCCGGCCAAAAUCCUUUAGAAUGCAGCGAAGAAAUCAACCCACAAGCUGUUCAGGACUUGGAAGCAGCAUUAUGGACCGUCGACCAGAUCAAUAGAGACACAGAAUUCCUGCCAGAAAUUCGACUCAGCGUCGUUGUAGUGGAUACCUGCUCAACACCCGUCCAGAUCACCCAGAAACUGUCCAACUACCUCUUGGACACUAAAAAGAAAGACUUGGAGGAUUUUAGUUCAGACUUGGCGUUUGUUAUUGACGGUUCGCCUGAAGAACUCGCGGCAGCUUCAUCUAUAAUAACACCCCUUAAUGUUACAGCCAUUUCGAUUGCCGAUUCCAUCCUUCAAAAAGGUAUGAAUAAACACCAUCUACAGGUGGCUAUACCUUUCGAAAAGAAGACAAAGGCAACAGUUGAUAUUUUGCAAUACCUUGGUUGGAAUUACGUGAUCGCAAUACAUGACAGUGACCGUCGGAGCAACAUUAUGUUGGAAACUUUCAAGUCAUACAUUAAAGAGAGUGAAAUCUGUAUAGCUGUUGAGUUGACAACAUCGACUGUAGCCUCAGAUGUUGAGAUAGACAAUCUUGUUAAACAGGUGGUCUCUGCCAAGAACAAAGGUGCCAGAGCUGUGGUGAUGUGGACCAAUGAGAAAAGCACCAGAGCGUUCUUAAAAGGUGUUCACAGAGCUGUGAUGGCUGGUCAAAUAAGCAGAGGAGACCUGGUGAUCAUAUCCAGUGGAGAUUGGAUAGUCAACUUACAGUCUUUCAAGGAAUUUGAAAACGAAGCUACUGGAGUAAUAGUAUUGAAAACUCAACAAGGUGAAGUUGAGGACUUUGCCACAUAUUACCAGAGACUACAUCCCGAUAGUAACAGACGAAAUCCUUGGUUCCAUGAACUUUGGGAGCAAAGGAGAGAGUGCACAGAUCGCACCUGUGAUACUCAUAGUUCGCCAGUUGAGUAUGCGCCAUCUUCAAGUACUGUGAAUAUGAUUCAAGGUUUGUUGGCGAUAUCAGCUGGACUGGCAAGGUUGAGGAAUGAACUUUGUCAUCCAGAACCGGGUUUGUGCCCGAAAAUGCUUCAGACUCCACAACUGCGUGAGCAUUUGUUCAAUUACAUUCGAGAAACGGCUUCGUCAAGGCUGGACGCCAAAGGAGAAAUGUUCGCUUUCACCAAACAGGGGUAUGGAAACUUGCCCAUAGAAAUCUUUAAUUUUAGAAGAGCUGCUGGCAAGAACUUUGUGUACCAAAAGGUCGGAACCUACGACACUCAUCUGAACAACCUAGCUGAAAUCGUCGUGUAUAAUUCCGACGGCGAAGAGAUCACCGUGGACAAAAUGACGUCCGAGUGCCUGUCCGACUGCGGUGUGUGCGAGAAACGGCCAACUGAUUUUGUCAUUUUAGACUCAAAGGAUCACUUGUAUUUGGCAACGUCGGUGGACAUCCACGACUCAUCUUCCAAUCCUCUAACCUGCGGUUCAACAGUCACGACCUCAGGACUCCAGACCCUGGAAGCCUUCCUGUGGGCCCUGGACCAAAUCAAUAGUAAUCCUCAGAUUUUGCCUGGCAUCAAUCUAGGGGCCAUUAUCUUCGACACCUGCAGCAGUAAGGAAAAGGCGGCUCGGGAUGUUGCCAACUUCUUCAGCAGUUCCCUGUCUUCCACUGCUCCGAUGCACAAGUUGCCCAGCGUGAACCAGAUUUUGGGGCUCGUGGCCACGCAGACUGAUAAUGUGAUUCAACCCAUUAUCGACGUGGCGAUGCCGUUUAAGAUGAUGACCCUGGCACCGAGGGUUACAUCCACCAGUUUCAACGAUAUGCAGAAAUACCCUUCACUUCUUAGGCCAUCCCUACCCAACGACAUAAGGGCUGGAGCACUUGUUGAUAUGCUGAAACACUUCAAGUGGGAUUAUGUUUCUGUUUUGUAUUCGGACGUGGCUUGGAAGGAAAUGGAUCUCUUCAAGUCUUUCAAGGUCAAGGCACAGGCAAGAGAAGUGACUUUUGCUGUGGAAGAGAAGAUAUCUCCGUCUUUCCCCAAGGCGGCUAUGAAAAUUUUAAUUAGUAAACUGCAGGACAAGCAAAAAGAAGGCGCAAGAGUUAUCGUGUUGUUCCUCAACAAUAAUGAUUCAUCAGAGUUGUUUGCGGCCGUCAGAGAAGAGCUGGACGCCGGUCGAAUGGAAAUCGGAGAUUUCGUAUGGGUCACUUUCGAAAGUAUGGAUGCUUUCCACAAGUACCCUCUGGUGUCAUUAGGAGCCGUGAUGAUGCAGCCUGGAUAUUCUACAGUCUUUCCCUUCAAGCAAUACUUCAGCAGCCUCAAUCCGAAAAAUAAUUCUCGCAAUCCUUGGUUCAGAGACUACUGGGAGCAGGUAUUCAAAUGCCAUGGCGCCACCUGCGACCGAACAUCCCAGAACCUUGCCGAGAUAUCCCUCAUGCAGGAUGCCAGCGUCGCGAAAGUCAUCAAUUCCGUCCUAAGCGUGGGCGUGGGGCUGGAAGCUUUGAGACAACACCUAUGCCCCGGCCUCGAUCGGGGCCUGUGCCCCGCGAUGGCCGAAGACCCCCGCCUCAGAGAUCUGCUCUUCAACCUGACGAGGGAGAACUCCUUCACGGGCGCUGACGGGAAGCUUUUCAAGUUCACUAACAGGCGGUUCUCCGCCAACACGCUGGACGUGCUCAAUUUCAGACAAGUGGGAAGCAAUGCUCAUGCGUUCGUCAAUGUUGGAACAUACUCUCCAGACGAAGGUUUAUCUUUGAACUUCAGCAAAAUCCGUACAUAUAAUCAAUUUGGUAAAGAAAUAAGCCUGUACGACAUUAAAUCUGUCUGCAAAAACUGCAAAAAAGACAGCAUCGACAAAUUCACCUCCACUUUACAAAUUGUGCCAAAACAAGAUUUCUCUAUUUUGGCUAUGAUGCCAGUCCACAGAAAAGGAGCGAGCUUCUUCGACUGCGGUGAGCUCAGAGACGACAGAAUGUUCCAUCACCUCGUCGGAAUUGCCUACGCCAUUGAUAAAAUCAAUAAAAACUCGACUCUGAUGCCAGGGGUCGAAAUCGGGGCUCUCGUUUUCGAUUACUGUGACCGACCUCAGAGAGGACAAGAUCAGAUAUACAGCUUUUUCUCGAAAGAAAAUAGUGCAGGAACCGCUUUGAGAAUCAAGCCUAAAUCCGUUCUUGCGGCCAUGACUUACGGCACAGAAAUAUCCAAAGAAACCUCGCCAAUAUUUGAUAGCUUGAAUGUUAUGCAAAUAGCUAGCCCCAUUGAUAGAAUGGAUUCAGAUGCAUUUAAUGAUAUCCUUUACACUGCACCUUCCACUAUGUCCCAGAUACAAGCCUUGUUGAGUAUUUUGAGGAAAUUCAAUUGGAUGUACGUCAAUAUCGUUUACAGCAAUACCGAUUUUGGCCGUUCUGGGUAUUAUCAAUUCGCCAAGGAGGCCAAAGAAGUUGGCGUGUGCCUGGCCCACGUGGUCCUUGUCGAACCUCACAGCAAGAGGGACGAGAUCCUUACAAAUCUCCAAAAUGGACUGAAUCGGGACGCGACUGUUGUGAUUUCUUUGGUCGAUGACGAUCAAGUUGUCCAGAAUAUGGUGGAGGCCAUCAAGAUAAGCACUGUGCUGUCCAAGUACAUGUGGAUUGGAACAGAAACGUGGGGUAAUAACCCAACUGUAAUGGACAGUCUGAAAGAUGCCACUUUUGAUGCCAUCACUUUAAAACUGGAAAGCCACGACAUGCCAGAUUAUAGGAAGUUCUAUGAGAGUCUUACCCUGUGGAACCAUUAUCCAAUUCCUGAUGCUUGGUUCGAAGAGUUCUGGCAGCAUCGAUUCCAGUGCCAGUUGAGCAACAGCAAUGUCAAACAGAUUCAGUAUGCUCACUCUUGUACUGGCAAGGAACAGUUAUCGUCUGAUGAACUUUCCCAAAAUGAACAUGUCUACCAAACAGUGAAAACCAUACAGUCAAUUACGGAAGGUCUGCAUAAUUAUCUGAACAAGAAAUGUCCUUAUGGAAUGGCAGCGAUGAACAUCGAUGACUGCGGAAAAGACGCCAGGACAGAACUUCAGAAAGAAAUUCAGAUUCUUCUUCAUGGAGCCUAUUCAGAUUGCGAAGAAUGCAGCUCUUCAAGUACUAUUUUCGGCUAUGACGUGAUACAGCAUUCGAUUGCUCAUAAUGUUUCGAAUGUGAAUAACCAGAUCGGAAGUUGGAAAGACAGAAUUUUGUUCGUAGAGGACAACCGCAUCGCUUUCUCCGGUAACAUCGUGCCAGUCUCUGAGUGCAAAGAAGACUGCGGGACAUGCAAAAAUCAAUUAGAGAACAAACAAAGUGAGCUGAUAGCUGAGGAACCCAUCUACGCCAACUUCCACACCGUCUGGGGCAUCAUAGUAACUGCUCUUUCCAUCUUGGGAAUACUUCUCGUUAUCAUUUGCGCCCUCUAUUUCUUGAUGUCCUUCCCCGUGACUGUCGGAACAACGGUAUUAGGAUACAUGAUUCUGUUUGGACUUCUACUCCUCUACGCCGUGAACUUCGCCUUUGUUUUGACAUCGACCGAGGGUACGUGCGGAAUUCGAAGAUUCGGUCUGGGCCUUGCGUAUGCUGUCAUCUUUUCGGGCAUGCUGGUGAAGGUGAUGAACACCUGGCGCCUCAUGGGAUACAACGGAAGCCGAAUUCUCAGCGACGGCACGAGACUGUCCAGCCCUGCCGGACUUUUGGUCAUCGCUGUUGGAUUGGUCAUCAUACAGAUUGUCCUGUCGUCUGCAUGGCUGAUCUUGAUGCCUCCCAAGACCGGAGCUUACGAACAGGUGUGGCGAUGCGCUCCCCCAACCACCUUUGAAGAAGGCCUCGUCGUGUCCCUCAUCUACGUCAUGCUCCUUCUGGCCAUCACGACUCUGUUCGCCAUCCUCACUUGGCAGUGCCAGGACAACAACCGCGAAUCCAGAUGGAUCCUGGCCUGCGCCAUUCUGGUGGCCGUUGUCUGGAUGGCAUGGACCAUUCUCUCGACCCAGCUGUCGCCGCAUUAUCGGGACACCACCAUCGCCGCCGCCAACCUGGUGAACGCCACCAUCAUCAUGAUCUUCCUCUACUUGCGAAAGGUGUACCUCUACAGCAAGCUGACAAGACAAGCCAGAGAUCAGGACCUGAAGGCGCAUCUGCAGCCGACAUCGUACAGUCACUCCAUUUAUGGAUCUUCCCAAAAGACGUUUUCAACGCUGGCUCCUGUACUUUAUGCAGGUUCUCAAGCAUCGCUGACGACGAAGAAACUGUACAACGGACCCUCCUCUCGCGUCGAGCUCAUCAACUGCCCCGAGGAUAACAAGAGCGACAGCUCGGGCUCUGUCCAGGUGCAGGCGACCGAUCUCUACCCUCUGGACAUGUACGACGGAGGAAGCCAAUUCCAGCCGGUUACUUCCCUCUAUGGAAGCAACCACACUCUGGUCUUAGAUGAUACACUUACCUUUAGAAGGUAACAGACUCAAACCGUCAAAUUCCAGUGGAUGAAGUGCAUGCAUGCUAUGCCGAACAAACCCUUGGGGCAUUUUCAGUCCAGAUAUCUGUUUAAAGCUACUUAAUUUCUUGUACAAACAUGAGGAUAUCAUCAAAUCGCAGAACCUUACCUAACUGUGAAUUUCUACCAUUUAUUUGAAGAAAAAGAGUUGAAAGAAUGUAUGACUUGACUUUUUUUCAAAACUUUUAAUGCAAAAAUGAAUUACAAUCAAAGUAAGCUAAAGUGCUGUGUAAAUAUUACAUGCUAUAUUACAAUUGACAAUAAGGCGGAUAUUUUGUCUAUUAACUGGGGAAAAUAUCAGAGUAUGUAAUAUAUGCAGGUUUUAGAAAGAAAAUGAAAAAUUAAUAAUUCAAUUUUUGCUGAGAAAGAUGGACAGGCGAGUGAGCUGAAUUCUUGCCAAAUUGUAAUAAUUUAUCUAAGUUUGUUGUUAUGAACUCUGAGAGCAGCUACAAUUGUCUAAUGAUGCCUUAUUUUGUGAAUUUAAACUAAUGAUGUAAAGAACUAUUCACUCUUUGGAAAUCCAGUGUUAGGGAAAAUACUCUCCAUGAAAAUGAAGAGAUGACAAAUAAAAUAAAAAAAAAAACUGUAUAAAGGAAAAGAAAAUUUUACUUAACUAAAAUUUAAAUACUAUUUUUUAAAAAAAUGAAUAAUGUAAUCAGUAAAACCAUUCAUAAUUUUUGGCUAUAUUCUGAAUGAGUAUUUCUUUUUUUUAUUUAGUUACAAAUUUAAAGAAUGUAUUUUAACAGCAAGCAAACUUAUUUUAUGCUAUCAUAACUGUUGAAAUUCAAAAGUCUGCUUAAACUUAUUUGAAUGAAACAUAAAUGUGGUUUUUGUUAUUAUUUAUUAUAUUCCUCUAAUAUAUAUUAAUUUCUUAAUGAGGCCAAAAGUUAUUUCUGAUUUUGUUCAUACUAGUUUCUGUUAACACAAAAUACCUAAUAACAUUGUUAUAAUAUCUUCACAAUAUUAAUCACGGUAAUUUACAACAAUGUCUAUUACGGGUGUAUGCUACUUACACAAUAUCACAUAAUAUAAGAGGAUCACUACAAACAAACAAAAGAAAAGCAUUUAAAAUUUAGAAAAUUCUAGAACAAUCUGGAGUUGCCAACUAACGAUUUAAAAAAAUGGUAAUUCUAUUUUUAACAUUUAAUAUCGGUGAACUUCAAAUCAAAUAUUGUGAAACAAUACAAUAUGAUUUUAUUAACUUCAGACAAAAUUGAUUGCAAAUACUAAUCUUUAUCAUCAAAAAUCAUCAUUAGUUUAAGUUCACAUUAUGAAUGGCAGAGAUCAAUAUUUUAAAUAUUAAAAAGAAUUAAUUUACCUCCAAAACUUUUUUUUAUUGUACAUAUUUAUUUAUUGCUCUGACAGUUAACAUUCCAGGAUGUUGUCCGAAUAGUACGAUAAAAUUUUAUUUGAUCAGCUAUUGGAAACAGUUAGAUAGUACUGUGUUUCAUUUUAUGAUUUAAAUGGUACUCUCGAAUUUCAUGAAUAUAUUUUAGAUGUACAAUAUAUGGUGUAGAUGCAUAGCAUAAACCAUAUUUAUAGAUAUAUGUGCUAAUAUCUGCUGUAAAAUAUGCAUUUCUGUGUAGGUAUAAGAUUUUGUUACAAAUCAAAACUACUUGACAUUCCAUGGUUGUAGCAGAGAUACUGUCUUCAGUUUUAAGAACGAUAAUCAAACUUCAGGUUCUUUUCUUAAGAAAAUGUAUCUUCUGUAUUUUAAAAUCAAUAUGUUAGAAACUUCCAAGUUUACUGUUUUAAAUCCUUCACUUCAAAGAUUGUGCAAUAUUUUAACUCAAUCAAAAAUUCAUGCCAAGUACACAGUUUCUACUCUUUUUAUAUUCUUGUGUGGGCAGAAUCCAAAGUUCUGUGCAUUUCUUGCCAAUAAAUAAUGUGAGUUUAAUUCAUCUGUAUAUAAACACUUUUUAAAUAAAAAAUUUCAUUUUAAUGGUAAGAGUGCCAACUGUCAAACUUAUCUGCAUAAAAAAAUGUUUCUAAUUCAAAAACUGCAUUCAAAGUAUUUACACAAAAGUUAUCCACAUGUAAAAUAACCGAGUCAAAAAAGAGGGAAGGGGUCAGGGCUUUAUUUUUUAACAGUUAAAAAUUAUAAUGCUCUAAAAACAUUUUCUCUACUUAAAAACAAUUUUUGAUUAUUUUAUCGUAUAAAAGUUCAAUACUCCUGUUUAUUUGAAUUUGUCUCGGUUAUUUAGAAAUCCAGCAUGAAUUUCCGAUACUUAUAUGAUUUACUGUAAAUUUAUUAUGGUAAACAAUGCUUAUUUACCAUAAAUAUUUUAUAUUAAAGCAUGCAAUUUCCUCUUCCAGAUUCUAUGUAUUCAUUAUGUGUAUUUUAAAAAUAAUAAUUUAAUUCCAUGCAAAAUUGUUUAUACCAUUAUGGAUAUUGAAAAUUCUCAGUUGCUAUUUGUACUGAUUAUCUACUGUUUGAUUCUAAUGAUAUUGAAAUAUUUUAUAUUACUUAAUAAAUAAUGACUUCCAAAUGAUUUCUAAAUAUUUUCGAACAAAUAUUUGUUCUUAACUUCAAAGAAAAAUAACAACAAAAGAUAGAUUCAAUUAUUUGUGUGUUGGCACUUUAGAAAAGUAUACAAUAUAAGACAUAUCAUUAUAUGUGUGUCCUGAAAAUAGGUUGAUUGUGUUAUACAAUUUCAGAAUUGGAUAUACAUUUUGAAACAAUUUAUCUCUGUUCUUCCACUGUUAGUAUUAUUUAAGUGAAAUGAUUUUGUAAUAUAAAACGUCCUGGUGGAAAGUUAUUUUACACUUAUUUUUAACUGAAAUAUUCUUGUGAUUGCAAGUUCUUUCACAAAGUGAAUAGUGUUUACAAACUGUAGAAAUAGAUAUAUACCUGUGCAAACUGUGACUCAAUCAAAUCACUUAAAGUACUUCAAUUUAUUUGUUGUUGAAUUAUAUUGCAUGUUAUGACUCACAAAAAAAAAAUGCAAAAAAUUGCACAGAUUUUACUCGUUAAUCUUUUAAAAAGGAAGAAGUGUAUUAUGUGUGUAUAUAGUAAUGUUCAUGAAUAAAUUCCUUUGUUUUCAAAUUGGCUUCUUUAUUUCGCCAAAGAUGGCAGAAUAAAAUUAUAUUGGGUCAUUUUUUUUCCCCUUCAGUGGCAACUA